AUGAUGAAGAAUACAUAUUGGGCCCUUGUCAACACGGUCCGACCUUAUUAUCCUGUCAAGUGCCAGAGAGGUGAUGCACCUUUGGUGACCGAUUUGCAGUGGCUCAAAGCAGUUUUUAAGGAAACCAGAACUAUCAUUCACAUACUGUGUAAUCUUAGAAAUACAUUUAUUGUUUGGCCCAAAGAGAGUGAGUGUGUGGUACUGAGCAGGCAAUUUGAAGCACGUGCAGGAUUUCCUGGUGUCAUUGGAGCCAUCGAUGGUUGCCACAUUCAAGUCAUACCUCCAGCAAACCAGCAUUCUAGUUACAUAGAUCGCACAUGCAACUACUCUAUUACACUUCAAGGAAUUUGUACUGCAACAAAAAUAUUUACAAAUGUAUCUAUUGGAACACCUGGUUCUCGUAAUGAUGCCCGGGUUCUGAAGUACUCCAGUGUUUACCGGACGAUAAUGCGAGAUGGAGUGGAAUCCAUGUUCUUUAAUGACAGUUAUCAUUUGAUAGGUGAUAAGGCUUACCCUAAUAGAAUGUGGUGCAUGGCACCUUUCAAGGAUUUUGGGGACCUUACUUCAAGACAGAGAACGUACAACUAUCAUCACAGUUCAACCCGCACUGUAAUAGAGCACGCAUUUGGUCUUAUGAAGGGCAGAUGGAAGCGUUUGAUGAAGGUCAACACGGAAAUUGCCAAAGUCAGUGACAUUGUACUAGCCAUCUGUGUUUUACACAAUUUUUGUUAUCUACAUAACGAUGAGGUAAUUCAGAAAAUGAUUCAAAAUAAAAAAUACAUGUCUAACCAACAUGUUCCUAACAAUUAUGCAGACGAAGCCAGCAAAAUACAAGGCGCAGAAAAGCGUAACAGAAUUGUACACCUGUUCUAAUAAAAAACAUUAUUUGUAAGUCUUAUUGGGAUAAACAACUGUUGUAAAGAUACCUAGAAUAAAGCGAUUCAACAAUUAUUGUCUGACAUUUAUUUCUCGUUUACAUCUCAUACAUGUUUGCAAAAUCACCUGUUACUCUUUGGCAGAAUUACAUUAAAUGGAUAUAGAAAAUAUGUAAAAAAAAGAAAAACAUUACCUUAUACAUUUUUUAUAAUAAAGAUAGAAU